GGAGAAGGGAAUGAAUUGAGAGAAUGAAAGCAAAAUAUAUAUACAAAAGCCAGCCUCUCCCUCCUCUUUCCUUGCUUUCUUCCCUCUAGCUUUCUCUUUUCUCUUUCUCUCUUUGCUCUGGUAUUCCCUCGGUGUGAUUCUCCACCAUAUUUCCUAAAGACCCAUCAAAUUUACUUUUUAAAAGAAGGAGAAAAAAAUAUCAAACACCAUGGUUUUCUCAUCUAUUCCAGUCUAUUUAGAUCCUCCCAAUUGGCACCAGCAACCAAAUCAUCCCCUAGGAAGUGGAAGUACCGAAAAUCAUCCACAGCUUCCACCACUGCCUCCACGGCAGUUCGGCACUCAUGUCGGCGGCGGUGGUGGUACUGAUGGUAGUGGUGGAAGUGGUACGGGCUCCAUCAGACCCAACUCCAUGGCUGAUCGAGCCCGGCUGGCCAAGAUGCCACAACCAGAGACCGCACUCAAGUGUCCACGGUGCGAGUCCACCAACACCAAGUUCUGCUACUUCAACAACUACAGCCUCUCUCAGCCUCGCCACUUCUGCAAGACGUGCCGCCGUUACUGGACAAGAGGGGGUGCCCUUCGAAAUGUUCCGGUGGGAGGAGGGUGCCGAAGAAACAAGAAGAGCAAAACCAGCAGCAGCAGCCGCUCCAAGUCUCCAGUAUCAGCCAGUUCCACUGAGAAUCAGCAGAUGAGGCAAACAGGUUCUAACCCGACCGGUUUGAUUAGUCAUUUGUCGCAACCACAGACUCAGUCACUUCCUUUCCUGGAGUCGAUACAGAAUCUUAGUCGUUACGGUGGUGCUGGGAACAUGGCAUUAAACAGCUUCAAUGAGAUCCAUCAAGCUCAAGCUCAGAGUACUGAUCACAUGGGAUUUCAGAUAGGAGCUGGGAAUAAUUUGAUGAACUUAUCUGGUGGGUUGGGAAUGGAUCAGUGGCGUAAUUUGCAGCAAAUUCCUUUCUUGGGUAGUACUGGCUUUGACUUAUCAUCAACAACAGGUUUAUACCCAUUUCAAAAUACUACUGAAGGAGUUGAUCAAGACAGUCAGCUAAGGACUACUAAUUCUAGGGUUACCACUCAUCAGGUGCCUCCUGUAAAAGUUGAAGAUCACAACCAUGGGGUGAGUUUGACUAGACCCUUUUUGGGUAUUUCAGGGAAUAACAAUAACAACAACGACAACAACAAUCAGUUCUGGGGCGGAAAUGCGUGGACGGAUAUAUCAGGUACUCUCAACUCGUCUUCCACAAGCCAUCUCUUAUAAGCACCAUCAAGGGUUAAUCUUGGCCGAGUACUAGUUGCAAGUUCAAAUCCGAGAAACACUGUACAAGAGAUGGUGAUGAAUUGCAAGAAACCCUUUAGCUCAUCUUUUGAUGAUUAGAGGAGGCAUGGGUGAUCCAAGAAAUGGGUAGGCUUAAUUUGUUCUACUUUGUAUUUUCUUUUGUUUUUCUUAACAAUUUGCUUGAGUACUUAUUAUGCUUCAUGCAUGCAUCCUACUAUCCUGUAUUGUAGGUUUUUAAUUCAAGAUGUUUGCAAUUGGUCCUUAUGUGUGUAUCAUAUACUAUGUUGGUGGUUGUAUCUGAUACAAGCUAUGAGCUCGAUCAGUUUCAUUUCA